AAUGAAGUAUUCAUAACGUGUUUUUGUACAAUAUGAUGUCCAACAGAAACUAAGACUGAGUUUGUUAAAUUCCUGAAAUUUGUUCAGAUGAAUAAUUCAAGUAGAUUACUUUAUAAUAGGAUUCCAAUCUUGGUUUCUGUUUCAACUUUAUUUAACCAACAUAUGUUGCUAGAGCUCAUUGUAUCUACUAUUACCUCUGAACAUCAGAAGAUUUUAACAAAAGAAUAUGCAAAAUGAAAAAGAAUGUAGUUAACUUAAUUUUAGGAUUAAUAACUUGAUUUGAAGUAAGAAAAAACUAAAGAGAAAAUAAUAAAUUCAAACCAAAAGAAAAUCAGAAGAUGAGAGUUUAAUUGAAAUAUAAAGAGAUUUAAGAACC